AUGACGGAGUCGUCGACAAAGGCAGAGGUUGGCUUAGAGAAAGGUGCCGCCAGCCAUCAUGAGCAUUUCUACGACGAGGAGCAUUAUCAUACCUUGGGACACGUCCGACUUCGUGAUGCAACCACAAACGAGAUCAUUCUCAUACCUGCACCGUCUCUUGACCCCAACGAUCCCUUGAAAUGGAAACAAUGGUACAAGAUCUCGAUCGCUAUCCUUGUCGCCUUUGCUAUGAUUAUGUGCAAUUUCAUGGCCGCGGGACCUACAGUGACUAUGCUCACGGUGGCAGAGUCCUUCAACACAACUCCCGCGCAUGCCGCAUUCUUCUUUAAUAACAGUGCUCUGGCACAGGGUGUCGGAAACCUCUUCUGGGUUCCGGUCUUGCUGAAGUAUGGUCGUCGACCAGUUUAUAUCGCCAGUUUUCUGAUAUACUUCUUUAUGAUCAUUGGGUCGGGCGCAGCGAAAACCUAUGGCGCUGAGAUUGUGACUCGCCUUCUCCUUGGCUUUGCAGGAGGCGCUGGUGAAUGUCUUGCGCCAUUGACUAUCACGGAUAUUUUCUUCCUCCAUGAGCGCGGAUUGUUCAUGGCAGCUUACAAUGCUGCUCUAUCCGGGGGUGUCGCGUUUGGAUCAGUUAUUUCCGGAUUGAUUGUCAUCAACUACACCUGGCGAACGAUUUAUUGGGUUGGAGCUGCAUUGGUUGGAGCCACGCUCCUGGUUGUCGUCUUCUUCUUCCCCGAGACUGCAUUUGAAAGAUACAACAAUCCUCUUGUUGUCAGCUCUGAUCAGACACCACAGGCUGCCGAAGGUGAGAAGGAGCCAACUCAGAGCGAGGUGGCUAUUCCGCCAAAAAAAUCCUAUUGGGAAACAGUGAAGCCCUGGGAUGGUCGCAAAUAUACUGAUGAGCCUUUGUGGCGGAUGAUAGUCCGUCCACUUGGUCUGAUCAUCCUGCCUCCUGUCUUCUGGGCUACGAUUGUCAUGUCCGUCACAAUUGGAUUCUUGGUAGCCAUCUCUUCCAAUAUUGGCAGCGCCUUCAGCGCAACUUAUGGGAUGGAGCCGUGGCAAAUUGGGUUGUGCUAUAUUGGCAAUCUUCUCGGAUGCGCCUUUGGAAUUGUGCUUGGCGGACCGUUCUCUGAUUGGAUUGCCGAUUACUUCACCAAGCGGAACGGCGGUAUUCGCGAGCCAGAAAUGCGUCUUCCUGCGAUUGUGCUCACAAUUAUAGCAUCACCGCUAUCCCUCGUUCUCUACGGAGUUGGUAUUCAGAACAAACUCCACUGGAUAGUUCCGACACUUGGGUUAUUUUUCAAUGCCUUUGCUGUUGUCCAGGGGACCAAUGUCUCUUUCACUUACUGCAUCGACGCGUAUCGUCCCAUUGCGGGCGAGGUCACUGUUACCCAACUUGCCUUCAAAUCUUGCUUUGGAUUUUUACUGUCUUUCUAUACCAAUGUCUGGGUCGGGAAAGGCUAUGCUCUUGCUUAUGGUGAAAUGGCGGCCAUCUCGGGUGGAUGCCUUCUGUUUUCGAUUCCCAUGUAUAUUUGGGGUAAACAGAUGAGGGUUGCUUCGAUGAAAUGGAAGGUGGUACAGUUCAUCAGCUGGGAUGAUGAUCGCGAAGUUGGCGAGUAG